GUGUAUUCUUCCAAAAUGAAGUUUCCUUACUGUUAUAUUGAUGUUAAUUGAAAGUGCGGAAUCCCCUAUUGUAGUUUCCUGUCCGACCGUCGUAUUACAACGAGGGAAUUUACUGAAUAUAAAUACGAAACCAUGAAGUUCGUUUACGUUUGCCAACGAUCGUCACCUCACCCGUCGAGCAAAUAUUGGUGCCGGCCGGAGUUUAGGAGUACGAGCAUGUCGUCCACCAACCCCUCCCUGCCAAACCCCAAUAUCUACUCGAUGGCGUGCCACAAGUAAAAAAACUAGUCCUUAACAAGCAACGACAAGAACUCCACCGAAUCAUGGCGGAGAUGGCGAAACAGAAGGAGAAGGAGCUCGUGAACCCUACGGGGACACGAGGCAAGCUCAUUGUCAUCGAGGGACUCGACCGAGCAGGGAAGUCCACGCAGGCGGAGAUGUUGGUGAAGAGCCUCAAAGAAGAGAUUGGCGAGGACCGGGUAACACAUAUGCGGUUUCCAAACCGAGAAACAGCCACUGGCCAAUUGAUCAAUCAAUAUCUCUCCGGCGCGGCGGAACAGCAUGAUCACGUUAUCCACCUCCUAUUUUCCGCGAACCGAUGGGAGUUCGCCGACGCCAUCGAGCGCCUAAUCACCUCCGGCACCACCAUCGUCAUCGACCGCUAUAUCUACAGCGGCGCCGUCUACUCCGCCGCUAAGCUUAACCCCUCCCUCCCCCUCUCCUGGGCCGCCGCCCCGGACAUCGGCCUCCCCCGCCCAGACCUCUGCCUCUUCCUCGACCUCUCCACCGCAGAGGCGCAGGCGCGCGGCGGGUACGGAGGGGAGCGGUACGAGCGGCGGGAGAUGCAGGAGCGGGUGCGGGCGGGAUUUAAGGG